UCCAUUUCAUUUGGUGAUUGGUGAAAUGAAAAAAUGUCGAUUUCAUCUGACUGAUGAGUUCAUAUUUCUUUUUUUAUUGUUUUCCACAUUUUAAUAUUUAUUUCAGCAAAGUACACUAUGAUUUGAUUAAACAAAAAAUGUUUGCAUCUGAUACAUUUUAAUGUAUUAAAUCAAAUGUAAGGAACAUGGAGUUUAAUAGUUUGUUAUUAUCGCAAAAUAUCUGUCGUACUUGCCUUGUGGAUUCAGAUGCCAACAUGUUUACCAGAAUACAGGAUUUAGUCGAACAUGAUAUGAAUAAAAUAAAACUUAUUGACAUUCUGGUGUUUUUGAAUUGCUUGGAGAAUAACGAUGAAGAAAAUUGGCCCCAGGGAAUGUGUUCCUCGUGUGUUUCAACUGCUUUAUUAGCAUAUAAUUUCAAGUUGGAUUGUUUGAAGGCUAAUGCUGCCCUUGCACAAAUAUUUUCCAUCCAGUCAAAUGUUAAUUUACAGCCUGAUAUGGAUUCGAUAGAUAUAAAUGUUGUGUAUCAAGACCAUGAGUAUGAUGUUCCUCUCUUUAGUAACCACCCAGUUCUGGAUUUUGAGCCUACUGUAAAUGUCAAUAAAGAAGUAGCUCCAUUGCCGCCAGUCACAGAGAUCACAUCUGCUGAACAACUUCCUAGACAAGAGGGAGAAAAGAAAUAUGCAUGCAAUUUAUGUCCAAAAUCAUUUACACGAAUUUAUGGACUGCGGUACCAUAUGGCAAAACAUUCAAAUGUGAGGAGAUAUUUGUGCCCAAAAUGUGGGAAAAGAUUUUUUCUUUCAAGUGGCCUGCGGCGUCAUUUAACUUCUCAUCAAGAAGUUGCUCCAUUUAAAUGUGGAUUCUGUAAUAAAACCUAUAGAUCACGACAGUACCUAAAAGAACAUUUCCGACUUGCUCACUCCAGUAAUAGGAAGUUGUUUGUGUGCGUAACAUGCGGCAACAGAUUCACAGCAAAAUCAACACUGAAAUCCCACAUGAAAAGUCACACAGGGGAGAAGCAACAUCAGUGUCCGCAUUGCCCCAAGGCUUACACUAGAGCUGCAUACUUAAAGGUGCAUAUUCUGACCCAUACUGGCCAAAAGAGGCCAAAGCCAUUUAUGUGUACCCAUGAUGGAUGCGGUAGGAGCUUCUCAACAAAACACUCUUUGCUGAUUCAUUUUGCACAUACACACAGCAUGGAGAGGCCUUUUAAAUGUGAAGCGUGUAACAAGGGAUUCCCUACUGCCCAUGGUCUGAAAGUGCACAAAGAGACACACAACAAUAAGGAGAUUUGUUGCAGUAUGUGUGAAAAGAAAUUUACAAAUAAAAGGGUAUUGCAAAAACACAUGAAAUUACAUGAUGCAGUGGCCAAUGACAUAGUUUUAGAAACAGAUGAUAUGAUUUUAGAAACUGUAGUUGAUUCGGUAUUCUUUGAUUAGAAAUACAAUAAUUAUGUGAUAUUGAUUGGUUAGUUUAGGGUUGAGUACUGAAUAAUUGAGAUUGCACAUUAUGAGUCCAACACUGUUUAGUAUUAAGUUUAUAAGUAAUAAAUAAAAUCGAAAAA